CCCUUCCCACUUUUAGAAAGUGACGUCACGCCUCGGCGCUCCAGUCAACAACUCUUCUGUCGGGACUUUAGUUGGAAACAAGUGGAGACUAUGAGUGUCCUCCUGACCUGCGGUGUCUGAACAACCUGCCGAGUGGCUGCGUUUAUCCUGUCCUUACUUUCACUAUCUUUUGUAAACUUACUCGGAGUCAGCUUUGAGUGCGAACUUAAACUGUAAACACCACAGACACCCAAGCUGGCUAACGCGCUAGCUAGCUGUCUUAAGUAGUUUAGCUAGCGCGCUAGCUAGCUCCGUUUUCUGAGACAGCCUAAUAAAAAAAAAGGAAAAAAAAGAUAGAAAGAGAAAAAAAAUGGAGUUGGAGGACGGGGUCCUUUAUCAGGAGGACUCGGGAAGUUCGUCCAUGAUGUCGGAGAGGGUGUCCGGCUUGGCGAGCUCCAUCUACCGCGAGUUCGAGCGGCUGAUCGGAAAGUACGACGAGGACGUGGUGAAGGAUCUGAUGCCGCUGGUGGUGGCCGUGCUGGAGAACCUGGACUCGGUGACCGCGGAGAACCAGGAGCACGAGGUGGAGAUCGAGCUGCUGAAAGAGGACAACGAGCAGCUCAUCACCCAGUACGAGCGGGAGAAAGCGCUGAGGAAGUGCGUCGAGGAGAGGUAUAUGGAGAUCGAGGACCUUCAGGAGCAGGAGAAGAAAGAUCUGCAAAACAAAGUGAUGAUACUGGAGGGACAAACUAGACAGCUGGAGCACAAGACCAAGAACUACACCGACCAGAUUGGAAGAUUAGAGGAACGGGAAGCUGAACUGAAGAGAGAGUACAAUACACUUCAUCAUCGACACGCUGAGAUGAUCCACAGUUACAUGGAGCACCUGGAGCGUACCAAAAUGCAUCAGCUGACAGGGGUGGAAGCCACAGAUGCUAACACUUUGAGCAGGCAUAAAAAGGAGAGGCCCGUGUCUCUGGGGAUCUUCCAGCUGCAGAGCGGUGAUGUGAGAGCCCCCGAACUGCAGAGGGACCGUGUGGAGGCUCCAGGGACGGACGCAUGGAGGUUUAACGACUUGAGUCAUCCUCAAUCCAACACCAGCCUCAAGGAUGAACUCUCAGACGUUAAUCAGGGAGGCCUCAAAUCGUCUACACCGAUGCGAACGGCCCCCUCAGGUGCUGCCUCGGCAUCUGUAGAAGUGCCCCAGACUGAGGAGUCGGAGGGACUGAACAACAACCUGAACUCCAGCAGCAGAAAGCCAGACAGCAGUAAGAACAUAAAAGUACAGGAAGGUGUAGCAACAGAGAUGCUUCUUCAAGAUGUCAUUGAGAACACUGAGAAAUCAGAGGUGCAGGCGAUUAUCGAGUCGACCCCUGAACUUGACAUGGACCUGAGUGGCUGCAAAGGCUCCAGUACUCCGACUAAGGCGAUGGAGAAUGUUGUCUUCGACCGCAACACAGAUUCCCUGUUUGAGGAGCUCUCGUCAGCUGGCACGGAUCUCAUCGGAGAUGUUGACGAGGGAGCAGAUCUGUUGGGUAUGGGUCGCGAAGUAGAGCACCUUAUCCAGGAGAACGCCCAGCUCCUAGAGACAAAAAACACUCUUAACGUAAUGAGGAAUGACCUAAUCGGUCGUGUGGAUCAGCUGACCUGUGACAAAGAGGUUCUACAGGGCGAGAUGGAAGUCCUUAGGCUGGCAAAAAACAAACUGGAGGAGAAGAACAAGGAGUUGGAGGAAGAGCUUAAACGGGUUCGAGUGGAGUUAGAAGAGGCCAAACAGAAGACAAAAGAGGAUGAUGAUAGUGACGUUCCUACAGCCCAGCGCAAACGCUUCACACGAGUGGAGAUGGCCCGAGUCCUUAUGGAGAGGAACCAGUACAAGGAGAGGCUGAUGGAGCUGCAGGAGGCGGUUAGGUGGACAGAGAUGAUCCGGGCCUCAAAAGAGAACCCCAACCUGACUGAGAAGAAAAAAUCCAGUAUCUGGCAAUUUUUUAGCAGGCUCUUCAGCUCAUCCUCCAGUGGUGCUGCCAAAAAGCCAGAGGCUCCUGUUAAUGUUAAGUACAACGCCCCCACCUCACACAUUGUGCCCUCAGUUAAAAAGAGAAGCAGCACCCUCGCUCAACUGCCAAGCGACAAAUCAAAGGCUUUUGACUUCCUCGAUGAUGAUUCGGAGGUGGAAAACAUAAUGUCACGUAGAGAACAAAAGAGAGCCCAGUAUCAGCAGGUGAAGGCUCAUGUCCAAAAAGAAGAUGGCAGGAUACAGGCCUGUGGCUGGAGUUUGCCUCAGAAGUAUAAGAUUUCCAAUGGUGCACAGGCAGAGAAUAAGGUGAAGAACUUACCCGUGCCGGUUUACCUCAGACCUCUGGAUGAGAAAGAUGCUUCCAUGAAGCUGUGGUGUGCUGCUGGGGUGAACCUGUCAGGAGGAAAGACACGUGACGGAGGUUCUAUUGUUGGAGCGAGUGUGUUUUAUAGAGAUGUCUCAGGAGUGGAGAGCGGCAGCCUGAGUCCCCGACUUGCGAGAGGCUCUCAGAGCAGUUUAGACAAACUGGAGCAGGAGCUCAAGGAGCAGGAGAAAGAGUUGAGGCAGCAGGAUGAGCUCUUCAGCCUGGUGUGGAUGUGCACCAGCACUCACACCACAUCCAAGGUCAUAGUGAUCGAUGCCAACCAGCCUGGAAAAAUCCUGGAGAGCUUCUUCGUCUGUAACUCUCACUUGCUCUGCAUCACCAGUGUGCCAGGUGCCCGGGAAACGGAUUACCCUGCCGGGGAAGAUGUGCCUGCGAACAGCAAGGCAGGUGGGCCUGAGGGGGCAUCACAGACUGGCACUGCAGCCAAGAGCAGCUUUGCUGGCUCUGAGCGCGUUCUGGAUGGCAUCACUGUGGUUGGCUGCUCUGCCGAGGGAGCUGCCGCUGUCCCCCAAACUGCUGGCACUGACUCCCUCCAUGGUGAUGUGUUGGAGCAUUGCAGGCACGUUGGAGUGGUGGCUGCCGAGGAUGCCUUGGAGGCCACAGAGAGCACAAACACCACGCCUGUAGAGGAAUGCCAGCCUGGGAUGUACACCGAACAUGUGUUUACUGAUCCUCUUGGAGUCCAGAACAAUAGAGACACACUGUCGUCUUACACACAGAGGGAGUGUGAUCUUGUAAAGGACGGAGUUAGUUUAAUACCUGACGAGCAAGACCUGAUGAGCGCGGAGGCUAACAAAAUGAGUAGUGUCCUGCCCACUAUGUGGCUUGGAGCGCAGAAUGGCUGUAUCUAUGUCCACUCCUCUGUCGCACAAUGGAAGAAAUGUCUGCACUCAAUACAGCUGAAGGAUUCAAUUUUAGGGAUUGUACAUGUCAAAGGGAGGGUUUUAGUGGCCUUGGCUGAUGGCACUCUAGCAAUAUUCCACAGAGGAGUAGACGGUCAGUGGGAUCUGACCAACUAUCACCUGUUGGACCUGGGCCGGGCGCAUCACUCCAUCCGCUGCAUGACUGUGGUGCACAAUAAAGUGUGGUGCGGGUACAGAAACAAGAUCUACGUGAUCCAUCCCAAAGCUAUGAAAAUAGAGAAGUCAUUUGAUGCCCACCCGCGCAAGGAGAGUCAAGUGCGGCAGCUAGCCUGGGAGGGAGACGGCAUAUGGGUGUCUAUCCGUUUAGAUUCCACACUUCGACUGUUUCAUGCACACACCUACCAACAUCUGCAGGACGUCGACAUAGAACCAUACGUGAGCAAGAUGCUGGGCACUGGUAAACUGGGCUUUUCUUUUGUGAGGAUCACAGCAUUGAUGGUCUCCUGUAAACGUCUGUGGGUGGGAACAGGGAACGGCGUCAUCAUCUCUAUCCCUCUCACAGACACAAAAACAGUCACCCAGGGGACGUCCAACCGGCCGGGCAGCAUGAUUCGAGUGUAUGGUGAUGAAAACAGCGAUAAAGUGACAGCGGGCACGUUCAUCCCUUUCUGCUCCAUGGCCCAUGCGCAGCUCUGCUUCCAUGGCCACCGAGAUGCUGUCAAGUUCUUCACUGCUGUUCCCGGCCAUGUUGUCCCAUCUGCUGGAGCAGGAGGAAGCGAGGCAGGCAGUGACAAGCCAGCAGCAGACUCGCCCCCACCAGAGUUUUUGAAGUCAGUCCUAGUUAUGAGCGGUGGAGAAGGAUACAUUGACUUCAGAAUGGGUGAUGAAGGAGUUGAGGGCGAGGACCUGACUGAACCCACUUUAAAGCUACAGCCCUUCCUGGCAAAAGCAGAGCGCAGUCACCUUAUAGUGUGGCAGGUCAUGGUCAAUGAAGACUGAGCUGCGAUGCUUUUGCACUUGGCCAGCCAAGAGCGAACAUUUCAAAAAGGGUUUUUUGCCCUUUUCUGUCUUCUAAUUUCUUUUCCAUUUGACGUGUUUAGUUGAAGGGCCACUGUUAUUGCGUCCCGCUAUCAGGAAGUCUUUGCACAUUCACCUUUGUGGCAAUAAGUGGGGUCUCGGUCCUGAAUAGAUGGAUCUAUCAAUCCGUAAAACACAUCUGGGACAACAGUGCUGAUGUGAACAGUCUGGACAAUCCACUGGGGGAGUUUUUGUAUUUAAAAUGUUUUUUUUUUUUUUUUUUGCUUUCUUUAAAAAAAAAAAAAAAAAAAAGAAGAAGAAAAAAAAAGCCCUGUCUGUCACAGUUAAAGCAAGAAAUCCAUCAACACACUGCACAAGUAGACAAUUGUUAAUCGAAAUAUCGUGCUCUUUUGUAAAUAGCUAUUGUAAGUGGCCGCAGGGUGAAAUAUUUGCACAGCCAAAAGUACCUUCUUAAGAAAUAGCUGCUCCUAGGCUGUGUCAAGGCUUGCAAAAAAGCAUGCAUGCCCUAGUGCCUGCUCUUGUCUUUAGCGUGCCGUGCUGUAUUCUAAACCCACUUUCUUUCUUUAAAGAUCUCUCGAGAGCCGUUAGACAAAGCAGCAUUUUUCAUCCGUUGUACUUUCAUAUGUACAGUAUGUGGGUUCUGUGAUUAUAGAAAGCUUUGAUGAAUGGCAGAGCGUCUAUUUAUAUAUUAACGUUAAAUUUACCAAAGCUUUUCAGACAAUUGGUAGUAAUUUUCCAUGACUUUGGACGAUCAGAGGGUGCCCUUAUGAAAAUAACAACAGAUUUAUUUCCGUACAUCAGUCGUAGUCCAAAGGAAACCUGUUAUGCAAUAUUGCUAGGAUCACGAACUGGUCAUAGGCACAGUGGAGAUUUUUAUUUGUAUUUUUUCCACUGCUUGGUUUCCUCAAAAGAGCAUCACUCUCGUGUUUAGAUUUAGAGACUAAAUGCCUAUUUUUAUUACACGUUUUUUUGUACUUUCGUCUUUUAGACUCUAACCACAGGCCUCUGUAAUGCGGUAAAAAGCGUUGGCUAACAUUUUGCUGAUGUUAUGCUGCUGUUGUGCUAGUGUUUAGGCGCACUGUAGGGGCUUUGUCUACAGUCGUUCCUCUUCUCCACAAGAAGAGAAGCGGCUUUUAGCCAUCUCAGUAUUUAUUUCUAUGAAUGAGCCUUCGCAGAGAAGAAUGUAACUUUGUAUAUUGAAUAUAAAUAUAUAUGAAAUAUAAAUAUGUACAUGAACCAUAGACGGCGUGGAUUUGUUAUUUUGAUAGAUUCAGACUAGCAAACGGUUACUUUACUGGUCGUUUAAUAUACGAAUAGAAGAUUCAGACCAGAUUAACCCCUAGAAAUGUAACUUUACUCAGCUAUGCACUAUUUUAUAAAAGACCCAGAGUGUGAGUUGUUGUGUCCUUGUUUGCUUGUUUUAGGUGUGUAUGCUGAAUAUGUGGAGUUGCGUGCGUGUGUGUGUGUGUGUGCAUGUGUGUGUUGUAACCCAGAGAGGUCACCUUCCAGAGAGGUCUGUGUAAAGAUGGGAGUGGAUGCAUCUGUCCAACCCAAAGGCCACUGUCAGGUUGUGGUGAAAGCUCCUGUUUCUCAGACAUACUGUACAUGUACAGUGCUGUAUUCCCAUCACAGCAUCGUAGCCUUACACUUUUUUAACAUCUAUUAAACUGACAUUUUGGGGAAAC